UCUAUAGAGGGUUGUUAGGCGGUCCAUCUCGCGAGAGUUGGACGCUUUGGUCGUUUAUCGGUGGUGUUCUGGUAAUCAGGAAGCAUUCCGGGAUGUCGGAGGCAGACCCCAAAACCGUGCAGGAUUUGACCGUGGUGGUGCAGAAUUUGCUGCAGCAGAUGCAGGACAGGUUCCAAACCAUGUCAGAUCAAAUUAUUGGAAGAAUUGAUGACAUGAGCACUCGCAUAGAUGAUCUAGAGAAAAAUAUUGCAGAUCUCAUGACACAAGCAGGAGUGGAAGAAGAGGAUGGAGCAAACAAGCAGGUUGCCAAACCAUGAGAAGAGGUGAAAUUGCAGACUUUGUACUCUCCAAAAGGAUCCACAAUAUUUUUUUCUUCUUUUGUAGCUGAUCUUUGCAAAACAUGCAGCAUUUUUUUUUUCUCUUAAUUAAAACGGUGCAACACAGUUUUGUAUUAACUAUUGUUAUAUAACUUUCAUUUCUUACGUUGUAUUGUAUAUUUAUCAAGUUAGUGUCAUUUGUAUUGUGUUGUCGUGUGACUUCACAUUUUCAAUCUGCAGGAACAAAAUGGUUAAUAAAAAUGUAAGAUCUGACUGUA